AUGGCGGCCUCGUCCGACCGCUCCUCGACUGGCCUGUUUGGAUACGAUCUGCUGUCCCAUCCCUCUGGGUUCGUCGAGGCUGCAGAGGCCUCAAUUGCGGCCGCGGUUCAUCUAGUCGAUCUCGUCUGCUCGGUCCGCACCGAGGCCGAGAUGGUCAAGACCGUCCAGCGACUCGAUCGGCUGUCGGACGUCCUCUGUGCCGUCAUUGAUUGUGCCGAGCUCGUCCGCAAUGUCCAUCCCGAUCCAAGAGUCGUCGAGAGCGCCAACCAUGCGCAUGCAAUCCUUGCAAACUUUUUGAACCAGCUCAAUACCCAUCAAGGCCUCUAUCGGAGCCUCAAGCGAGUCGUUGAAACUCCCAGUGUCUUCAACCAACUGUCCCGGGAGGAGCAGCGGGUGGCCACCCUCCUCAUCGUCGACUUUGAAAAAUCGGGCAUCUCGAUGGAUGACGGCAUCCGGCAAAAGUUUGUCGAGCUGAACGACCAGAUCCUGCAGCUGGGCCAGGACUUUAUCAUGGACAGCGCACCCUCGCAAAAGACCAUCACCCUGGACGCCUCGUCCAAGGCCGUCGAAGGCAUCCCAAAGCGAAUUCUGGAUACUGCUGCGAGAUCGCGUUUCUCCAAGACCUUCUCGAUCAACACCCAAAGCUCCUCUGCCUACACCAUCCUCAAGUCGGCCCAGAGCGAAGAGACCCGCAAGAAAGUCUAUAUGGCCUUGAACUCAGGCUCACGCAGGCAGAUCGAUCGCCUCGAGGCCCUGCUCAAGACACGGGCCAAGCUUGCUCAGUUCCUGGGAAAGAAAAGUUACGCCGAGAUGUUCCUUGUCGAUAAGAUGGCCGGAACACCAGCGAAUGUGCUGUCGUUUCUGGAGUCGCUCACGGAGCAACAUAAGCACAAGGCUCAGCAUGACAUUGCGAAGCUGCAGAAGCUCAAGGCCGUACACACCGGCCAAACCAAUCCGGUCAUCAACGCUUGGGAUCGUAUCUUCUACUCCCAGUUCAUUGCCCCUGUUGCUGCCACGGCCAAGCCCGGGGGCGAGCCAUUCCAUCCAACGGCACAGCAUGUUUCGAACGACACCCUGGCCCCGUACUUUAGCGUCGGCCGCACCUUCGAGGGUCUCUCGAGUGUAUUUCAGGCCCUGUACGGCGUCUCGCUCCAGCCAGUGGCGCCAAAGCCCGGAGAAGCCUGGCACAAGGAUGUGCGCAAACUCGACGUCAUCCACGAGCGCGACGGCAAGAUCGGCACGAUUUAUUGCGAUCUCUUUGCCCGAGAGAGUGGGGCGGCCCGCAAGUACGAGUCCGCAGCCCACUUUACCGUACGGUGCUCGCGGCUGACCUCAAACGAUGAAUCGUGCCGGCAUGCCGGACGAGCAGUGAUGCAAAAUCGGGCGGCCGAGCGAGAGUUUUCGCGGACGGUCGAACUGCCGUCGGGCGCGACCGAAACCCGCACCUUCAAGUACCAGCUCCCGAUUGUGGUGCUGGUAACAAGCUUCAGUCGGCCAAGCAACAAUGUUCCUUCGCUCCUGUCGCUCGGCGAGGUCGAGACGCUAUUCCACGAACUGGGCCACGCCAUGCACUCUAUGCUGGGACGGACAGACUUUCAACACAUCGCAGGCACUCGCUGCUCGAUCGAUUUUGUCGAGGUGCCGUCGAUUUUCAUGGAGUACCUUGCACGCGACCCCCGAGUUCUGCAAAAGUUUGCCUUCCACUACAAGACCGGCGAGCCGUUGCCGCUGGGGCUUCUCGAAUCGUACCAACUCAACCAGUCUGCCCUCGAGUCGCUCGAGGUGCACCAGCAGCUGUGGAUGGCGAUCCUGGACCAGCUCUACCACUCCACAGGCGUGCUCGACCCUGGCUUUUCGACGACCAAGAUCCUGCAGGAGCUCACCGACCGCAUCCAUGUGAUCCCGUUCACGCCGGGAACAGCGUGGCAGGUCCAGUUCUCGCACCUGUUUUCAUACGGAGCCAGCUACUACUCGUACCUGUGGUGCCGACUGUGGGCCUCACGCAUCUGGAACACCCACUUUGAGGGCAAGGAGGUCUUUGGCCCCGAGUGGCGCCAGAACGGCGAACUCAUUCGGCGCGAGCUCUUGCAGUGGGGCGGCGGCCGCGAUCCCUGGGUGGGUCUCGAGAACAUGGGCAUCGUCAAGGCCGGCGAGCGCGAGGGCCGGACGCUUGGGGAGCUGAGCGACCUCCGUCUCUACGAAAAGCCUUGA